UCCUGCCCCCUGCUGGCCGCUCCAGACCAGCUCUUCUAACCGGAUCAUUUUUCUGUUCGGUUCGGUCCGAGCAGCAGGUCGGAUCUCAGUCGGACCAACCUGGGGAAGUCUGUGCGUCUCCGGAUCCAUGUCCUGCUUUUAACAAACUUCUCCCGACCUCUGAGAGCGGAACCGCCUGUUAGACAGGAGGAAGAGGAGGAAGAGGAGGAAGGUCCUGCUGUCGGAACAAGAUGAAAACAAAGCAGCAGGUUUCAGGACACCGCUGUUAGAUAACCGCAUUAUUAUCUCUGCGGGGGACAGGUGGACACCGCGGGGACAGGUGGACACCGCGGGGACAGGUGGACACCGCGGGGACAGGUGGACAUCCCGAGGGACAGGUGGACACCGCGGGGACAGGUGGACAUCCCGAGGGACAGGUGGACACCGCGGGGACAGGCUGGGUUGAGGGACUCUAACUUCCUGAUGCUCCACCUGAACCGCAGCGGCUUCGCCCUGAAAGUAUCUUGCUCGGAGUUGGUCUUCCUCGUUAGCUUGACCCACAGAAGGUUCUUCCAUCCCGUCCCGGAUCUGUUGCCAGCAUGCCCAUCAUUAGCAAUGCCAACCAUGACUUCAGCACCUACUCCAUCAGCAGCGACGAUAGCAGCCUGGACCGCUUCUUCACUGAGAUCCCAGAGACCGAGACCCUAAAGGGGGUAUACUUCCAACGUGCCCAGCUGCUGCGGGAGCCCCAGGCCUCCUUCACGGUGGACCACGCCGUACAGGUCCUCAUCAACGUGGGGGGGAACCGCUACGCCUUCCCCUGGAGCACGCUGGAGCAGUUCCCCCAGAGCCGGCUGGCCCGUCUUCGCUCCUGCACCACGCCGGAGGAGAUCGCUCGGCUCUGCGACGACUACGACGAGACGUGCCGGGAGUUCUUCUUCGACCGGAACCCCACGGCCUUCAGGGUCAUCCUGAACUUCCUGGCGGCGGGGAAGCUGCGUCUUCUCCGGGAGCUGUGCGCCGUCUCUCUGCACGAUGAGCUGGACUACUGGGGCGUGGACCCGGGCCACAUGGAGCGCUGCUGCCGGCGGCGGAUGAUCACCCGGGUGGACGAGGUGGCAGAGCGCCGGCGGAAGGAGGAGGAGUGGAGGCAGAAGAGGAUGAAGCUGAAGAAGAGACCUCCGCAGGCGGAGAAGGGCUACCGCAGGCUGGUGUCGGCGCUGCGGGAGGUGAUGGAAAACCCGCACUCGGGUUUGGCGGGGAAGAUCUUCGCCUGCCUGUCCAUCAUCAUGGUUCUGGUGACUGUGGUCAGCCUCUGCAUCAGCACCAUGCCGGACCUCAGAGACGAGGAGAACCGGGGCGAAUGCUCCCAGAAGUGUCGCAACAUGUUCGUGGUGGAGUCGGUGUGCGUGGCCUGGUUCACCCUGGAGUUCCUGCUGCGCUUCGUCAACGCUCCCUCCAAGCUGGCAUUCGCUCGCGGGCCGCUCAACGUCAUCGACGCCGUCGCCAUCCUGCCGUACUACGUGUCGCUGGUGUUCGACGUUGGGGAGGAGGCGCAGGACGAGGCGGCGAUGGGGGCGGGCCGCGGCUACCUGGACAAGCUGAGCCUGAUCCUGCGGCUGCUGCGGGCGCUGCGGAUCCUGUACGUCAUGCGGCUGGCGCGCCACUCCCUGGGCCUGCAGACGCUGGGCGUCACCAUGCAGCGCAGCAUGCGGGAGUUCGGCCUGCUGUUGCUCUUCGUCUGCGUGGCCGUCGCCCUCUUCUCGCCGCUGGUCCACCUGGCCGAGAGCGAGCUGGCGCCGUUCGCCGCCGCGCACCCCCAGCACAGCUUCAGCAGCAUCCCGGCCUCCUACUGGUGGGCCAUCAUCUCCAUGACCACGGUGGGCUACGGUGACAUGGUGCCGCGCAGCGUCCCCGGCCAGAUGGUGGCGCUCAUCAGCAUCCUGAGCGGCAUCCUCAUCAUGGCGUUCCCGGCCACCUCCAUCUUCCACACCUUCUCUCGCUCUUACCAGGAGCUGAAGCAGGAGUACGAGCGCGUGUGGAAGCAGGAGCGCCACGAGGAGAUGAGCGACUUCUCGCAGGAAGACUUCUCAUCUGCGUCCAAAAAGAAAAGCGACGGACUGACGUCCAACGAGACGCAUCGGUCCACGCUGCCACCCUCUGCUUUCUGAUGGACAUUUCCCGUGUCCGUCCCUUUAAAUCUUUAAUCUGACUCCCAGAUGGACGUCCAGCUGCGGCCCCUAAGGGCCCGGGUCUGCAGGUCUGGGAUGUAUCCGGGUAACCAACCUGCAGGAUCCGAGCAGGAGGAACCGCUGAUGUUGGGUCUCCAGCUGAGGAGUCUUCCUUUAAUAUCUAGUUUAGUUUUGUUCAGUGCUGCAGCUUCAACCCUUUAAUGAGUCCAGAUUUAGAGAAUCUGUUGCAUAUGAUCCAGAAGGUCCAUUAGUUUAAAUCCCAGCCAACAUUUAGUCUGAUUUCCCCCUGAUAGUCCAGUAGACUCGGUUCUAUUGGUACCAAAACAUUUAACAUCUUCAGCUGCUGUGGUUCUCUCUCUCUGCUCUGAGUCAAACCAACCUGUUCCUCUCCUGGCCAGUGGGGGCGCUGCACCAAGAACCACUGAAGGAAGCAACACAAAAAGCUCUGAAGUCACUGAGAGCAACUAGAUGGAGGCAUCAGAUUUUAGCGGUUGGAGGAUUUCUCUUUAGUCAUUUCUCCUGCUAGCGCUAGGCUAGCAUGUUAGCAUUGGUUGUAUUUACCCAGAAU